AUGGACUACCCCGGCUAUACCUCCGCACAAGAGCAGGAGCAGCGCCAGAGGGAGGAAGGCCGUGCCUAUGACCACAGGUAUCCCCCGCAAGAACAACAACAACAACAGCCGCGGUAUGACCCUGACUUGACUGCGUCUCCGCGCAAGAGGGCGGCAGAGGAGAGCGAGUCGACCUCUCAGGCUGGGGCUGCUAGGGCCAAGCCGAAAGCGAAAGCAUCGAAUGGUGCGGGAAAGAGCAAGAAGGAGAAAGAGGGGGACGCGCCGGGACCGCGGAGAGCAGCGCAAGCAUGUCUCAGAUGCCGACGCCAGAAACUCAAAUGUAUCGGCGGCUGGCCUUGCGACAGGUGCCAGAAAAGCAAGAACGAGUGCGACUUUGGGAGACCGGGGAUGAUGCCGCCGAGGGAGGGCCAUCAGCCUGCACCGGGGAGCAGCGAAGCGAAUGCGAGGCUAGAGCAGCUUGAGAGUAGCGUCGCGAAUUUGCUUGCUGGACUUGCUUCUGCGCCUCAGACGAGCUACCCCAAGAGCGAGGCGCUUCAUGCGCUUGAAGCUGUGAGGCGAGAGUCGCUGUCUGCGAAUCUUGAUAGGAAACCCUCGUUCCCUCCCCCUCCUGAGCCGUCUUUCAAUCCCAACAUCCCGCCUCCUACACAUACUCGCCAUCUCGACCACCCCCGUAUGGGUGUCGGAAUCGGGUAUCCCUCCACUUCUGCCUCUCCCGACGAUAUCCCGCAACACCACGUCCGAUUCACUUCUUCGCCUCAUCAGACGUUUGUGCAGCAUGGGUACUCGCCGUCCAACUUUUCGUCGAAUGGGACAGGACCCAGUCCUGCGAGCACAGAAGCGUUUCCGCGGGAAGAGAAGAAGCGGCCUCAUAGCAAAAUGAGGCAGAGGGCGGAAGAGAGGCUUGCGACGGCUACCGAAGCCGACUAUGAUGAGCCGCCUUUCAAGCCGCUUGUGUAUCAGCCGGCGGUGUGGGACAACCGUGAGGCCUCCCGACGCAAUUCCCCCCAGCCCAGCCAAUCGUCGCAGAGUAGGGACGAUGGUCUGCCUGGCACCUACAGUCGACAAUUCAUGCGUGCUCGAGAUGACCCAGUCACCACCGAAAUCAUCUCUAGAUCUACUGCUAUCGUCAUGUUUGACUUCUAUGUCCAACACUGUCACCCGUUCUUGCCAGUAGUCAACGUCUCUCUCGAGAACGCGUUUGAUACCAUCUCCCAGUCACCUUUCCUGAUCUCCUCCAUGAUCGCCAUCGCCGGCCGAUUCUACAUCAAGUACACCAACAAAAACCCCUCAACAUCCCUCCCACCCAUCGACUCUUCAGUCCCUCACCGCCUCGCCAACCUCGCAGAAUCCCACCUCGGCGCAACCCUCUUGCGAAAGCAACACGCCCUCUCCGACGUCCAGGCCGUCCUCCUCCUCUCCGCCUGGGGCCUUCAAUCCGGCGGCCGCGGUCCAGACGCAUGGAUCAUCACCGGCCACGCAGCGCGUAUCGCCCGUCGUCUCGGCGUCCACAAAAACCUCGCUACCGCUGCCGAGUUGUCUCGUACCGUCCGGCCGGGCGGAGAAGGCUGGGACAAGCUGGAAGCUUUCAUGCCGCAAUGGCGCACGUGGCUCGCUUGGUUUACGUUUGAUGGGUUCUUGAGCUUGGGCUUUGGGAGACCGCAAAGCACGCAGUUUGAGACGGUGGAUGAAUCUGGGUUCCUCCAGAUCCGGCUGAAUCAAAGCCCACCGAGGCCGGGGACGACACAUUCCAUGUCGUUGUAUGGCGAUGUGUACAUUGCUGGGCAAGUGCAGCUUACACAGGUUGGAAGGGAUCUGAUCAGUUGGGGCGAGAUGCUGGCGGACCCGAGGAGGGCGGCAGAGGCGGAGAAGGAGAGAGAAACCGGGGGGAGGGAUAUGAGUGUCAGGGGCAUGUUUAAGGAAUUGAAUGGGAGGCUGGACGAAUGGUGUAAACUCUGGGUAUAUGCCAACUCUCCGAAUGGUCUUUACCUCGGCUCUUCCGCCCGUAUCGCCCGCCUUCAAGCCGACCACAUGCGUCUCUGCCUCAACUCUUUCGCACUCAAGUCGUCUCCUGAGAAGGACGAGUUUGUGAGCGAGUGUCUGAGAAAGGCGUUGAAUGCUGCUAUGGCGACGAUACAAACGCAUCAUGAGAGCAGUGUAACGGAUAUGGCGCUGAGUUUUGCUACUGAUUACUUGACGAUUACGUUGGCGCAAUCGGCCAUCUUUCUCGUGCGAAUCGCCAAAUCGUCUACCACCAUUCAACAGAUUCUCAACAUUGAUCCGUCCGUUAUUGCGCACUAUCUCAAGCUCUCCACUACGCUCCUCGAGGAUGGAGAACUUUCCGAGACUCGCGUCGGCACGUAUCUCGCCAAGACGAUCCGAGAUAUUGCCCGGGCAGGCGGAAUUACCGGGUUAGGAGGUAAAUGGGAUGAAUGGGUCGAGAGUCGACCUGCCUCUCGAGCAGUCUCUCCCCGCGGCCGCGCAUCAGCAUCCACAAGCGCACACCCUCCAAACUCGGCCGACUCGACCACCCCCGCCCAUCCCUUAUCCAACUCCCAUCAACCCCCCCCACUCACCGACCCGACCCAGCCUCCCGACUUGGCGUUCGAGAUGAACAACCUCCUCGCAUUCGAGAGCCAGUUCAACCUCGACAACUUGUUGGGCCUGCCGGGUGAUGAUAUGGCGUCGGCGUCGUUGGGAGGGAUGCCGAUUGGGAUGGGGGCGUCGGUGCAGAUGGGGUUGGGCGGGGUGCCGCCUUCUGCUUCGCCCUCGACCGGAGGGGCGGGUGGCGGGGGGAUGAUGUAUGCCCCGCCGGGGAUGGCACAUAUGGGUGAAGGAUUUGAUUUCGGAGGGGCAGGGUUUAAUGAGUUUGGGUUUGGCAUGGGAGGAGUGGCUAUGGGGUAUGGCGGGGGCGGUGACGGGUGGCCGCCCAAUGACGGGCAAUAG